AUGCAAGUCGGUCGCAAAAGCUUGCCCUUGGAACUUGUACCAGAAAUUCUACGACACGCUCCAGCACGGGAUAUUCUAGCAUGCUCAGCCACCUGUCACCGAUUCAAAUCCAUCGUCGAAUCGGAUCCGCAUUUGAACCUGGUCAUCGAGCUCGCCAUCGAAGGUCUUCGACUUCGUAGCUAUCCUCCUGCGCUUGAAGCUUUCGCCUUUCGAGAAAAGACACCAUUGGAGAGGCUAGAAGCUUUCCGAUGGGCCAAGUAUGUAUGGAAAUGGACGUUGCCGCCUCCGCCUAUAUACUUGCGAAGGCUUGGGAGACGGACGUGGUGCUCCUCGGCCCUUGUCUGCUCUAUACAUCAAGGCGAGGAGCGUGCGGAAAAGCUCGUCUUUCAUAGCAUCUGGCAGCCAGCUGAAUCGACUCCAUGGAGGGAAUACAUGGCCCCGUCUGAGAUUGUCGUUCAUGUUCUCACUUGGGAUCUCUCCCAAGACUUGCUCGUAAUUCGCGGGGGAGAUGGGAGUCUUCCUAAAGACGUGGAUUGUCCUGCUAGGUGUGCCAUCUUGACUCACUCUUCGGGUUUCUAA